AUGGAAGACGUUUUGGAAAAGCUUCAUGUGGCAUUUGUCCACUGUGCCGUGAAUAAUUUGUUUGUUUCUUUCCUCUUAUGUUAUGAGUACGACGUCAUAGUACAAGGCGAUAUCAAUGAUCCGUCACGAAAGUUCGUGAUCAAGCCUCGUGGAAUAUCGCCUGAAGAUGCCGAAAAUUUCAUGGCCACUGUACUGGCAUCCUGUGAUGACAUCAUAACACUAGAAGAAGCCGCAAAUAUGGCCGAUACAUCGAGGGAGGAGUCACCGUCGACGAAGAAGCGAAAGCUAAAUGAAAGACUGAGUCAUGAAUUCACAAGAAGGAGGCGGGAAUUGUCUUUACGUGGAGAGCCGAAUCCUACCAUGCACAUGGAUACAAGGCAAGCAACGAAAAAAGAGAGGACGAUAUACAUGUCAGAUAUGGACUCCGUGCUAAGGAAGAAGAAUGUCGGUUGUUCCACCAUCAGGCUUUCUUUACUCAGAAUGGAAACAAAGAAAUUCGAUUCCAGACUUGGCUCGUAA